AUGCCUCAACGUACCUUGAAAUCGUCGCUGCUGCGUUUGCGGAACCUGAUGACGUCAUUCCAAGGAAUCUACACGUACAUGCAGAACUACGACGACCAGCGGGACGCGCGUGAGCUGGCAUCGCGGUUGGAAAGGUUAGAUUCGCUGUGGGAGAAGAUUGAUGAGGCAAUGGCGGAGGUUGAGGAACAGUCGGAGGAGGAGGAGGAAGAGAGGUAUGUGAAAGAGCGUUUGGAUUUCCAGAAUAAAUUUUUUGAGUUGAAAGGUUUUCUCCAAUCCAAAAUGCGGGAAUAUCCCGUAUCGAGUGCAUCCCUGCCGGUUAACGAGUCGACUUUCGCCGCAACUUCCCAUCCGCACGUUAAAUUGCCUUUGAUCAGUCUGCCUAAGUUUUCCGGAAACAUCGAAGAGUGGUUGUCAUUCCGAGAUCUGUAUUUGUCCCUUAUUCAUCACUCUGAGGAUCUACCUGUGAUUGAAAAGUAUCAUUAUCUUCGGAGUCAACUAGAAGGGGAAGCCCUCUCUGUUAUAUCGUCACUUGCGUUAACUCAAGCGAAUUACACGGUAGCUUGGGAUUUGUUGGUCAAAAGGUAUUCGAACAGCAAAGCCCUUAAGCGAAAACAGGUUCAAAAUCUUUUCGAGCUUCCUUUUAUCAAACGGGAAUCAGCAUUCGAGCUCCAAGCAUUGGUCGAAGGUUUUGAGAAGGCAACGAAGGUGUUAGAUCAAGUGGUCCAGGUUGCUGACUAUAAGGAUUUGUUGCUGAUUCAUCUGUUGUGCUCAAGGUUUGACGAAAAAACGCGACGUAGCUGGGAGGAGCACACUUCAACGAAGGAAGAAGAAACUCUGAAGGACUUGGUUGAGUUUCUGCAUCGUCGUAUUCAAAUAUUGGAUUCACUCCCCGGGAAACCCUCCGAACAACAUCCACCUCCUAUUCGGAAGGCCAUUCAAUCCAAGGUUACAAAUCAUGGUGCUUUUCAUACUCCAUCCCCCAAUUGCGUUUGUUGUUCUGAGAAUCACCCACUUUUUACUUGUUCAUCUUUCGAAAAACUUUCGGUUGGAGAAAGGGAAAACGUGCUACGCCAACACAAUCUCUGCCGAAAUUGUUUUCGAAAAGGGCAUCAAGCUCGAGACUGCAAUUCCAAAUUCUCGUGUCGUCGAUGCAAAGGCCGUCAUCAUACCCUCGUGUGCUAUAAGGCGGGAGAGAACUCUAAGAGCACACCAUCUGACGGAAAUACACCUAAACGAAAUGGUAACCCUAACCCCCAGGCAGGUACUUCGAAUGCCACAAUCAGCUCCAAUAUCGGGAGGUCAGCGAGAAAGGUUCUUUUGGCUACGGCAGUUGUUCUACUGGAGGACGACUAUGGAAAUUCGGUUUCAGCUAGGGCACUUUUAGAUUCGGGAUCUGCCAGUCAUUACGACCACAGCACGGGUACCUAUGACAGCAGGUAUCAGACGGGGUAUACCCAAGAUUACAGUCAAUCUUAUGGUACCACCGCUGAUUACACCGCUACGACGGAAGCAUACCCCACCCAGCAAUACGAUGAACGAACAGCGUACGCAGGUUAUGAUUUCGCAACUUGA